CUAACACAUUCAAUCUAUUGGAUAUCACUUACAAAAUGGCCUUGCGGAGGAGUCGCAUUUCCGCAGCGGCCCGCUGGGUCAGCGUGAUGGUUGCGUGCCUCGCAGCGCGGUCACUGGCGCAGGGGCCGGACUUUGCAGCAACUCCAGGCGAGCUCGUCGUCGCCAACCAAGGCGCCUACACCCAACUGGAGGAAAUGGCAAAGCGCGAGAGCUUUCUGCAAGCAUUGUUCGGCACGGACUGCUAUUCGCAGGCGCUGCUCACGAUCGGCCGCGAGUGCAACCGUAUGACCACCGAUGACAAGUACAAGCUGGCACACGCCAUGAACCUGUGCUUCCUGCGCGCCAACGGGCACUCUGGCUACAAAUGCAGCCGGGCCAUGAGCGCGCGUCAGUGCAGCGAGAACCUGGAUGAGCGAGCCUUCUCCAGCUAUAACCAGUUCUUCUCAAACAUACACAGCCUUUGCCUGCACGUGUCAAACCGCAACUUCGAGCGCCACACGGCGCAGCUGCUCAACAACCUGGCGGGCGGCGCCAACGCCACACUGGCGGUGCUGGGGCAGAUGGAGGGCGGGCUGCGGUCGCAGACCCAGACGCAGCAGGCGCUCCACAAGUCCCUUGAGCAGAUCCGCACGGAGCAGCAGGGGCUGUCGGCGGGCCUGGCUGAGGGGCUGGGGCAGCUGGGCGCGCUGCAGCAGGCGGCGGCGGGGCUGGGGCAGCAGAUGAGCCGCAGCCUGGAGCUGGAGGAGGAGCUAGCCCUGCGGCAGGGCGGCCUGCUGACCCAGCUUGACUCGCUGGAGGCCGCGGGGCAGCGCCACGCGGCGGCGGCGGAGGCCGCCUGGUCAGCGCUGGCGGCUCAGGCGGCGGCGCUGGAGUCGCGGCACGCCGACUACGCCGCGCUGACUGAGGCGCUGGCGGCCAGCAGCAGCCAGCUGCUGCGCAACAGCGACCAGCUGGCGGGCGCCAUCGAGGGCGUGGCGGUGAUGCAUCAGCACACGCGCAGCCUGCUGAGGGGCAUGGUGGGGGCGCGCUGGACGCUGCAGGACGUUGCUGUGUAUGUGGUGGCGGGUGGACUGGGCGCGCUGGUCACCAGCCCGCUGGGGUUGCAGGCCGCCCGCCCGGCACUGCUGGCGCUGGCUGCGGGCGUGUUCGCGGCGGAGCACCUGGCGCGUGUUCACCUGCACGCCUGGCUCAACGACCACACGCAGGUGGUGCCGGCGCUGGUGCGGGCGCUUGUCACGUCUGACACGGCGGUGUGGGCGCUGCGCUCACUGGGCGCCGCCGCGGCGCUGCUGCUGGUGCUGCGCCAGGCGCUGCGCCGCCACCGGCUGCAGCAGCAGGACCGGCAGGCACUGGCGGCGCUGCAGCAGCAGAUGGCGGCGGUGGCGGCGCUGCAGGCCAGCAUGGCGGCGCAGCAGGACCUCAUCAUGUGCACAGUCAACAGCCUGGCGGCGGCGGCCGGGUGCUCCGGCGCGGCACACGCGACACAUGCGGCGUAUGUAGCGGCGGCAGCGGCCAAGGCCUACCGCCCUGACACAAACUUGCCGGCGGAAGGUGGCAGUUGGCUGAACGCCCCCGUGCUGCAGCAGUUGUGGGCAGCGCGCCACGACGUUGCAGCUGCGCCGCAGACGGCGUCACGCCUGCACCUGCUACCGUUGCCGGCGUGCGGUCCCCACCCUGAAACACCCAAGUCUGCGCCCAGCGGCGCAGCACAACCGCCGGCCGCCACGAUGCGCCACGCCGCAGCGGGGGUGCACACAGGGCAACCUGCCACUGCAGCGGCGGCUGGCGCAGCGGCGGCAUUGCAUGAUGGGGUGCACGCGACCAGCGCCUUGCUUCCCGCACAUAGCGGGGCCGCUGCGACCGCGGCGGUAACGGAGGCAAGGCAGUUGCCGGAGGUGGCCGGAGCAACCACCACGUCCCGGCGGGGUGGCGGCGCGAAGCGGCGGCGGGAGCUGGAGCAGCUGCAAGGCGCCACCGGCGAUGAAGCUCAAGUGCUUACCGCUCCGGACGGCGGCCGAGUGACGCGGGCGCGCCGCGGCAGCAACACCACCAGCGUCACCAGCGGCCCCACACGCUGAGCUGGCUGAGGCCGCUGAGCGUGACAUGGCUAAUGCGUGCAUGUGUCAUGGACUGUGUCUGCCUAUCGGGAAGGAAGAGGGGUUGCUGCAAUAAUACGACUAUUACCUAACGCAGCAUAUGCAUACCGGUAGCCAAAAGGCACAAGGCAGCGUGUCCGUCAAAUGCUGCCAAUAAGUCUUGUGUACGACAAAUGGAGCGUUUCGAGUUGCCAAUGUCAAAGCAGGGGGGGUCAAUGUAUCUCAACGCUGGAAUAAGCGUGUGCGUGUGUAGGACAUGCAAUUGCCAGUGUUGCUCAGCAUGUAGGUCCAUGGCGCGGUUGCAGUUGGUGAUGUAAGGAACGCGCGCAGGAUGCUGCCCUACGUGUGCAUGUGUGUGUGGAGACUUGCAUUGCAUCCUAGAUAGAGAAGGCUGGAUAGCCGUGGCGGUGAGUGGCUUAGGUGUCCUGGGCAACGGGCAAUGCCAGGCUGCGGCGCUGGCACAUGUGCAUCAAGGCUCCGAUGCGGCCUGGAGGAUGGCCUGUCUUGUGGAGGGGCUUGACGG